CAGCCACAAGAUGACGAAGAAUUAAUUACACCAACUCGAACAAAUCUUAAAACAAUCUUGGAAGAAAAAGCAUUUAACAAAAACAAUAACGAAAAAAUAACCUUAGAAGGUCGUGAUGAUAGCAGUAGUGGCGGCAGUAAUUUAAUUACUGACAAUAUAUUAAAGAGAAGACCUUCUGCGCCUUCUAAACUAAAUGUUGAUACUAUAAAAAUUGAUCAAACAAAUUACAAUAAAACUAAGACCAACAAUAAUAUUGCCACAAAAACAAUUUCUACGUCGACACCUACAUCUCCGUUAGUUAAAACCUUAACCCAGAAUUCAGUAUUUUUUUUCGUAGUUAAUGGUAUACCAGCUUCUUGA